GCCAAAACUAAGAAUGUCAAGCAGUGCCAUGGGGCCAUCAUCACACAAUCCUGGUUUAGGUAUAUGCAGAUUGUUACAGAGAAGAGAACUUCUGUGUCUUUUGGAAUCGCUGUCAUGGAUAGGAGAGGCCUCAGGCAGCAGUAUGCUGAGCCAACACGUGCACAUCCAUUAACAAAUGAUCUCUGACUUCUAUCCAUCUAGGACAUAAGCUUUGAUCUGCUGCAAGAACGACAAGUAGCUUACUUAGCUCGAUCUGCAACAUGGGCAAUUGCCUUUCUUGUAAAGGGUUUCGGCAGGUCGAACAAAUCGUAGAAGUAGCAACGACUGCCAGUGGCAUCAUGCAGUUCAAGGUACCCAUCACACCCCAAUGCAUCACCAAUGAAUUCCCAGGUCAUGCAAUCUUCCGGAGCAGCGACUCUUUCUCAGGCCCUCUUCUUCACAACGAAGAGCUCCAUCCUGGAGAAUUGUACUACUUGCUCCCACUUCAGUCACUUAGGGGAUCCAUAUCGGCUACGUCUAGACCCAGCUACCGCAUUUCCCUCGAUCACCAGGGAAUGAUGCUUGGAAAGGCAGACCCUGAGGUGCUUCCUAGAUGCAACAGCGCUGGAGUGUGGAAGGUGAAGUUACUCAUAAGCCCUGAGCAGUUAACCGAGAUACUGUCUCAGGAGGCUCGCACAGAGGCACUGAUCGAGAGUCUCCGAACUGUGGCCAAGUCUGGUCAUGUUGUUGGUAAUGGAGCAUCUUCCGUGGCCGAUUCAGAGUACUGCAGCCUAUCCCAGAGUUAAGUGGCGUCCUCCAUGUAUUGUACUUUGUUCCUAUGUUUGUUUGCUCUUCUUCAUGUUCCGUUCCUCGAAGUAGUCCAUCUUUCAAUA